UAAGUCUUCUCCCAAAAGCUGACAAAAAAAUACAGAAACUACACGAAGCAGAGGGUCCCAAUUCAAAGGCAAUACCUGCAAUAAAAACAUGAAUAAAUCGGUGGCGAGGAAAAACAUAAAACAGCUGCUGCCUCGUAUCUUUCGCAAUUUGUCCACCACGCAAGGACUCCCUGUGCCUUAUUAUCCCCCUCUCUCUCUCUCUCUAAGAAACCCCAAAUGCACACUCUUUCUCCAUUUCUUAGAUCAAGGACCCCUCUUUCUGGUUCUUAGAUGGCCUAUUUCGAGCAGUGAUUUUUGUUUUCGAGCAGUGAUUUUUGUUUGCUUUUUUGGCAAAAAAUGGGUCAAACAGAGGUACCAUCUUCAGAUCAGGAGAGGACUCAAACCCCCAUCUCUCAAACUAGGGAUUUUUGGAACUCUAGAAAGAGAAACGCCAAUGUCAUAGAUGUGGGUAACAUCAACAAAGGGAUGAUGGAUGAGAGCUUGAAAACACCUGAUAAAAAGGAAACACCUCCUAUCAACGAGAACCAUGUUGAGGCUAUGAGCAUAGAGCUAUCAGGUCGCCGAAAAGCUCUCUUUGAGCCAUUGGGACCAACCAAAAGACCGGCUGAGUCCUUGUUACCACCACCAGACUUUGACAGUGCAUCGUAUCCGCGAGGGUGGCUUGUUGGAAAGAAACGUAAGCUUGUCAAUGUUGAUGUGGUCGAGAGCAUGAGGCGCAUUGCCGUUCAAGAGAUGAACAGGAAGGAUCGAGAGAUAGAUGGAUUAAACGAGCAACUAGAAGAGGAUGCCCGAUGCCUCGAACACUUGCAAGUCCAGCUCCAAGAGGAGCGUAAUAAGCAUGCUGCUGUCGAGAGGGAAAAUGGCUUGUUACAAAGCCAAAUUACCAUGUUGAUGAGCAUGUUGCAGGGAAAUGAGGAUACGGAGGAAGAACACACUUAUGAACCCUAGCAAGAUGAUUUUCCAAUUCAUAUCAAAGUUGUAUACCUUUGUUGUUUUGAGUGUUGAUCAGUCAUUGAUUUAUAUAUACAAAUACAUAUAUUCCUAGAUUUGUUCAUUAAGUUGUACUCAUAAAGGAGUUUGGAAAUGUAAGCUUGAAUUACAGCAAGUACAUUUGCAUUUAUUCUACUUA